AUGGGAUUAUUUUCAGCUGACCACAAGGGCGAAAAUUUGCCAUCAAUUUUCCAGAAUGCCACGAGAAAAGAGGUUCUGGACACUUUAAAUAAUGCUAUUGGCAGUGCAGAACAAACAGAGCCUUCGGAAAACGAAGGAGUCUCAGAUUCAGAUGAUGCAGGUGCCGAUGAAAUCGUUAACAAUGAAGCUAACGAGUCGUCGCCUGAUCCGGAGCCACACAAAGCUGGCAAGGCCAAGGCGGCUGAAGACGAUAAUCUGGAAGAGAAGUAUUUCCGGAAAUUGAUCGGCGAAGAAGACGCACCGUCCAAAACUGCCGAACCCAGCACGUCCAAGUCGAAAAGUGAUAAACCACGUCGGGCCGACCAGCAAGAUGAGAAAGAAAAGCAAGAAAACACUGUGUUUGUGGGUAAUGUUUCAUCACGGGUGGUGUCUGAUAAACAAGUUGCGAAGCAAUUCAAACAACUGUUCACUAAAGUUGGGCCUGUGGCCUCGGUUCGAUUCAGAUCCAUCGCGCUCUCCGAACAAUUGCCCCGUCGAGCUGCUUAUAUCAAACAGAAAGUCCAUGAGAAACGCGAUAGUGUCAAUGCGUAUGUUGUUUUCAAGAAGCAAGAGUCUGCUGUCGAAGCUUGCAAGCUCAAUGGCGAGGUCUUUGACGACCACCACAUCCGGGUUGAUCACCUAGCGAAUCCAGCUGAACAUAAUCGUAAGCGCUCGGUGUUUGUCGGAAACCUUGACUUCGAAGCCACAGAAGAGUCUCUGUACCGCCAUUUCAUGGACUGUGGGUCUAUCGAGUAUGUGCGAAUCGUCCGUGAUAAUAAAACGAACGUCGGCAAGGGCUUUGCGUACGUUCAAUUUAAAGACUCUGCUGCAAUUCCUGCUGCCCUCAUGAUGAACGAGCGAGAGUUAGGGGGCCGUAAGCUGCGGGUAACCCACUCCAAGCAGCAUACCAGCAAGCCCACUCCUGCAACCAAAGCUCCUCCUCGAAAAAAGAGAGCAGCCAAGAAAGUGCAUAUCAAUCCCAACGAGGUUCUCGAGGGCUCUCGUGCUAAAACAGGAGAUAAAAUUGGCUUGGGCCGUAAACGAAAAGCUAGAAGUGGUACGGACUAUGCGCCGGCUACUAGGAAGAGAGUCAAAGGCAGCAAUAAAAAGUAG